ACACCGGGGUACACCGGGAUACAGCGGGAUACACCGGCGUACACCGGGAUACACCGGGGUACAUCGGGAUACACCGGGACUCGUCAGGAUACACCGGCACUCAUCAGGAUACAACGCAACCGGGACCGGGACCUACUGGGAGCGGGACCGGGACCUGCCGGGAGCGGGACCGGGACCCACCAGGACCCACGGAAACCCACUGAAAGCAGAGCCAGGACCCACUGGGACUCACGGGGAAGAGAACCAGGACCAACCGGGAACCACCGGGAGGGGACCGGGACCCACCGGGACCCACCAGGACCCACUGAAAGCAGAACCAGGACCCCCCGGCACCGGACCGGGCCCCCCCCCGUGAUGUUGCCCCCCGCCAGCCGGCGGCUCCUGGCCCUGCUGCUCCCCGAGCGCGGGCGGUGGGUGCUCGUAGGGGCACUGAUGGCGGCCACGGUCCUCGGUGAGGUGGCCGGCCUCUACUUCACGGGCCACGUCGCUGACCGGGUGAUGCGGGAGGAGGACGCGUGGGCGGCCGUGUGGCCCUUGGUGGCGCUGGGGCUCGGCAGCGCCCUGGCCGAGCUGGGCUGUGACGGAGCGGCGGCCGCGGCGCUGACCCGGGCUCGGGGGCGGCUCCAGCGCGGCGCGGUGGCCGCGGUUCUGCGGGGGGACGUGACCGGCCCGGGGGGCGUCCUGGGGGACACUCCGGCCGCGGUGGCAGCGCGGGUGACGGGGGAUGCGGCGGCGGCCCACGGGGCUCUGGCCGACGAGCUGGUGCCGGCGCUGUGGGCGCUGGCCCGGGCAGGGGCUCUGCUGGCCGUGAUGGGCUCGCUGGCCCCGCUGCUGGCCCUGGGCACCCUCCUGCUGCUGCCCCUGCUCCUGCUGCUGCCGCACCGCGUGGCCGCCACCCAGCAGGAGCUGGCGCGGGGGGCGCAGGAGGCUCUGGCCGGUGCCACCGCAGUGGCCCUGGAGUCGCUGGGGGCCCUGGGGACUGUCCGGGCCUUCGGCCACGAAGCCGGAAUGACCACCCGUGUCCGGCAGCGCCUGAGCCACGGUCACCACCUGGAGAGCAGAGAGGCCCUGGCAUACGGGGUGGCACGCUGGGCCAGCGGGUUCCCCAUGCUGGUCCUGAAGCUGGGGUUGCUCCUCGGAGGGGGACACUUGGUGGCUUUGGGGACCGUGACCCCUGGGGAGCUGGUCACCAUCCUCAUGUGCCACCUGCAGUUCACCAGGGCUGUGGAGUUGCUGCUGUUGCACCUCCCGGUCCUGGCCAAGGCCGUCAGCUCCUCUGAGACACUCCUGGAGCUGCUGCACGAGGCCAAGGAGGUGGCAGUACUGGGGACACCAUCCCCUGUCACCCCCGGGGGCAGGGGGGGCUCCGGGACGGCGGGACUGCAUCUCGAGGAUGUCUCCGUGACCUACCCUGGGCGGGCCGAGCCCGUCCUCAAGGGGGUGUCUCUGUCCGUGCGUCCCGAGGAGCUCGUGGCGGUGCUGGCGCCCCCUGGCGGCGGGAAGAGCUCCCUGGCGUUGGCCGCGCUGGGAGUGCGCCCCCUGGCGGCCGGGGCCGUGCUGCUGGACGGGGCCCCCCUGGGCCCCCGCGCUGACCCCGCCCUGCGGCGACAGGUGGCCGGUGUCCCGCAGUCCCUGUCCCUCCUGUCCCGCUCCCUCCAUGCCAACAUCGCGCUGGGCUGGGGACACGGGGAGGGGACGCAGGUGACACAGGUGACACGAGUGACGGCGGCGGCGCGGCGGGUGGGGGUGCACGCCUGGGCCACGCAGCUGCCACAUGGCUAUGACACGGAGGUGGGCCCGCGGGGGAUGCAGUUCUCGGGGGGGCAGGCGCAGGGGGUGGCCCUGGCCCGGGCCCUGCUCAGGACCCCCCGCUUGCUGGUGCUGGACGAGCCCACGCGGGCUCUCGACCCGGUGACCCGGCGCCAGGUGGAGCGGGAGGUGCUACAUCUCAGUGGUCCCGGGGCGGGGGAGGGGCCGGCGGUGCUGUUGGUGACAGGGCAGGUGGCCCUGGCCCGGCGGGCACCCAGGGUGGCCCUGCUGGAGGGGGGGCGGCUGCGGGAGCUGGGGGGGCCCGGGGAGCUGGGGACACCCCCCUGGGACACUGCAGGGGACAGCAGGGACACCAGGGAUGGGGAGGGGGACUCUGGGGACACCGGAGACGGGGAG